AGGAUUCCCAUGAUUGUAGCUAAUCCAGACUUCGUGACCGUCGAGGCUAGAGCUUUAAUUAUCAUGCCUGGUACAUUGGCUGCCAAAUAUGAAAAGCUUGGGGGUGAAGUGAAAUUGAUGGGGAAGCCUGAUAAGAUAAUAUACAAAUCAGCUAUGGCAAUGGUUGGUGUGGAUGCUUCUGAUUCUAUAGCUGUGGGUGAUUCCCUUCAUCAUGAUAUUAAGGGUGCAAAUCAGGCUGGAAUCGCUUCGGCAUUUAUCACUGGAGGGAUCCAUGCAACUGAGCUUGGAAUCAGUAGUUUUGGGCAAGUUGCAGAUUUAUCUUCUGUACAGGCCCUUGCAGCCAAAUAUGAUGCAUAUCCAACAUAUGUGUUGCCAGCAUUUGCAUGGUAGAAUCACACAAUGGUAUGUGUUCUCCUUUGUUCUGUUUCCUUACAUUGUUAUUAUGCCUGAGGACAAUUUUUACAUCAUGCACAAAUGGAAAUGUUGGAAGGGAAGUUGUCCUUACAAAAGAAAUGGCUCUUCAAGUAAAAGAGACACUGCUGGUUGCAAUGAUUAUUUUAUGAAUAUUUAGGUCAAAAUUCAAGAUCUUUGAUGUACUUAUUCCUUAAUCUGUGAACAGUAAACUCAUCUGGAUAAAAUGGCUUGGGUUAUUUGCUUGGUGUUCAUAAUAUGAGUUUAUAUUUUUCAGUUUCCAGGUUUCACUGUCUCUUAAAUGUUGUUUUUGUCUCUUAUAUUUUACUUUAACAUGUCAAACAGGGUUAAGUGUCAAGAUCGUGUUCAAAUGGCGCUCUUUUGCCAUGGUCGCUGAAUCUUUAUUUCUUUGGUUUAGAAAUCGCAUGUCCCAGUUGUAAAUUCUGUAGAUUGGAUCUUACUGCUUCAAGGUAGUAGAACAAAAGUGCUGAUUUAGAUGUGGACCAUUUAACAAUUGUAUGCAUUUGACUCUUUGGCUUGUGAUUGUUUGCACGCUCGUUGUGACAUCAUUAUUUAAAUUUGGUCCUUCGCCACCUUCUCAAAGAUAU